AGAUGCUCUGGUGAAAUCAAAACAUAUUUUCGCAACGAAGCAAUCCGUGAUUUAAUUCGGCAAUGGCAUCGGAUUUGGCAGGGGAACCGAUCCUAGCAACCGGCGGUUACGAUCACACAAUCCGGAUAUGGCAACCCUUUUCUAGUGCCUGCGUGCGUACGAUGCAACACACCGAUUCGCAGGUGAACUCGCUGGAGAUAUCCCCCAAGCGAAAUCUGCUUGCUGCCGGAGGUUACCAGCACAUCCGGCUUUACGAUAUGCACUCGAACCACCCCAUCGUGAACUUUGAUGGCGUCGCAAAGAACGUGACCCGGGUGGGGUUCGAGGAGGAUGGCAAAUUGAUGUUUACCGGCGGUGAAGACGGAAAGGUGCGCAUCUGGGACAUGGGCUCACAGAACCCGUCGUGCAAGCGCAUCUUUGACUGCCAGAGUCCGGUGAACUCGGUGUGUCUACUGCCGAACCAGGUCGAGCUCCUGAUGGCCCACGACGGCGGAGGCAUCUAUCUUUGGGACGUGAAGUCGGACAACCAUGAGCACCUGAUGCCGGAGGUAGAGUGUUCGAUGCAAGAUGUGGCCGUAAGCCCGAACGGGGCGUUUAUGGCAGCAGUGACCAACCGAGGUGGUUGUUUCAUCUGGACCCUGUCGAACUGGAGCGAUUCACUUGGUACGGCGUCGACGCUUAAUCGCUGGCAGCCGCAACAUAAGAUACAGGCCCACGAGAGGUACGCUUUGCGGUGCAAAUUCAGUCCGGACUCGAGCUUGCUGGUGACGUGUUCCGGCGACGGCACGGCACGUAUCUAUAAUACCGACGGCUGGACCCCACGGGCCGUGCUGCGCAUCGAAAAGGGCUGGAUGUGGGAUGCCGCGUUCAGCAAUGACUCCAAGUACAUUUUUACCGCUUCGUCCGACAUGCUGGUCCGUUUGUGGCGCAUCGAAAAUCAAGCAAUCGAGCGUGAGUGCAAUGGCCACGCAAAAGCCGUGACAGCACUAGCAUUUCGCGAUGUAGCUAUCGCGGCGGGAACCGCGACGAACAACGGGACCAGUCUUGCGGCGCCCCAUUAAACUGCAAUUUCAAAUGGUGUACGGCUAAAGUGUAAAAGUCAACGUUUCUAAAGCGGAUC